AUGACACCAGAAGAGUACGAAGCGCUCUCACCCGAGCAGCAAAAGCAGCACGACGCAGCGGAACGUGCUCGCGAAGCUGCCGAACAAGCCGCACUCCCCUACACCUGGAAGCAGCAACUCGACAUUGUCGAAAUCUCUGUCCCCGUCCCGCAAGGCACCAAGGGUCGAGAUCUCAUCGUCGAGCUCAAGAAGCGCAAAAUCAAGGUGGCGCUCAAGGGCAAAGACGCCAUCCUCGAGGGCGAGCUUGCCAAGGACAUCAAGGAAGAGGACAGCACGUGGACGAUCGAAGAUGGAAGCAUGGUCGAGAUUCAACUAGAGAAGAUGAACAAGAACGAAUGGUGGCCCAAUGUUGUCGCUCACCACCCCAAGAUCGACACCACCAAGAUCGUACCAGAAAACUCAAAGCUGAGCGACUUGGAUCCAGAGACCAGAGCGAUGGUGGAGAAGAUGAUGUUCGACAACCGCCAAAAGGCAAUGAACAAGCCAACGUCGGAUCAGAUGCAACAGCAGGAGAUGUUGGCAAAGCUGGCGGCUGCCAAUCCCGAUAUCGACUUUUCCAAAGCCAAGUUCAACUCUUCUGCGCCGCAGUAG